GGAGAUAGUCUGAGCAGCUGACCGUCUAGUCGUUGUACGGGCGCAGCCAGAACGUCGACGUAUUAUUUCUCAAUUUUGAUAUUGCGAAAAAAGUGUAGUGUAAAGUGUUUGACGAAACUGUUGAGAUAGUAAUUGGUCCGAUAAAUAUAACUGAUUUUUCUUUGAAAGGACACAAUGAAGAGUCAUUCUACACUCGUUAGUGUCCUGCUGCUACACCUUUGGCUAUUUAUUGGGAGCAUUGAGUCUACUAAUGCACCAACCGUGGACAUGGCGAACAACGGAUCACGGCCUGUCGUGUUGGUCACAAACAAGGAGACACCGCUGAAGGGAAUCCAGAAGUUGCAGCAAAAAUGCGACGUGAUCUUUCCGAGCACGCACCCCGCGACGCGCGAAGAAAUUCUCAAGCUAGCCGGGCAGGUCGAUGGCAUCAUGUGGGUUGGCCACAUGGCAUUGAAUGGAGAGGUGCUGGAUCGAGGUGGCAGUCGCCUGAAAGCCAUCUCAACGAUGUCGGCUGGCAUGGAUUACGUGGAUGUGGAGGAAUUCAAGCGGCGUAAAUUCCCGCUUGGGUACACCCCGAUCGUGCUGAAUGAUGCGGUAGCCGAUACGGCCGUCGGGUUGAUGAUUGCUGCCAGCCGACGGUUCCACGAGGGUCGUCUUGCGAUCGAUCACUCGCAGUGGAUCGGAGGACCGCAGUGGAUGCUGGGUCGUGAUAUUAAAGGAAGUACGGUGGGUAUCAUUGGAUUUGGUGGCAUCGGACAGACGGUUGCAAGACGGCUGAAGGGAUUCGAGAUCGGUCAGCUGUUGUACUCGGGUCGGCGGCCGAAGCCGGAAGCCGAAGCACUCGGUGCCAAGCUGGUACCACAGAGUGAGCUGUUACAGGAGAGCGAUUAUGUGGUGCUCGCUGUGCCGCUGACGAAGGAAACGUACCACAUGAUCAACGAGACUACACUGUCACUAAUGAAACCAACGGCCGUGCUAGUCAACGUAGCCCGGGGUGAUCUGGUCGAUCAGCUGGCGCUGGUAGCGGCACUCAAGAAUGGAACCAUUUUCGCGGCGGGGCUGGAUGUUGUUACACCGGAACCACUGCCUGCGGAUGAUGAGCUGCUUAAAUUACCCAAUGCCUUUGUCAUUCCGCAUCUCGGAUCGGCCACGGUUCAGACAAGGGACAACAUGGCCGAAAUAGCGGCACUGAAUGUACUUUCGGGAAUAGCUGGUGCACCGAUGUUCUCACCCUAUCCUUACUGACCCCCAAAUUCCUAGUACGCUGUCCAAGAGUUCACCACUCAAGCAUUUCGGGGCAAUUGAACUUUAAUGUGAUUUCGAUAAUAUCCAAAAUUUCAUCACUAGAAUUAAAGAUUAAAUAAUAAAUCGUGCGUAGUAGAGAGGUUUAGGACCUUUUCC